GCUCCGCCCUCCACUUAUCGAACGUCACCUGCUUAAUUCCGCCGCUCUCCCUCCGUCUCCGCAUUAAAUAAAACCCAUCACUCUUCGCCAAUCGCAGCUGCUUUUCCACGCGUAAAAUGCACCGCAAAGUCGUGUGAUUCAGACAAAAUAUUGAGCUUUGCGGUGCUUAGUUCUACGGUUCCCCUUCCUGCUGCUCAAUGCCGGUACCUUGGUGCUGAGCGGAGACAAAAAAGCGCCAAAAGAUAGACCCAAACACGCGGGUUGAACGCGCCCACCACCCGGCACCAUGGAUGAUAAUCAUGAGCGGUUAUUUUCGGGCGACGCCAAUGCCGAUGCCGGCGACACGGAAGCAUACUCGGUCCUCAUGUCCUACCCCGAAGAAGCCGACUACUACGCUCUGCUUGGACUCCCCCGCGACCCUCCCCCAACGGACGGCGCAAUCAGAUCCGCAUACCGAACCCUCACGUUGAGCUUCCAUCCGGAUAAACAGCCACCGGAAUUACAAGCUGCGGCGAAACAACAGUUUGAGCGGAUCCGCGAGGCGUAUGAGACGCUCAUUGACCCAAAGAAAAGACUCGUGUAUGAUGUUUUGGGCGCAGAGGGGGUGCGGAGGGAAUGGGGGCGUAUGGGGGCAAUGGGCCUUGGAGGAGAAGCAGAGAGACAAGAGAAACAAAACCAGAUCGGUGUGAAGGCAAUGAAGCCGGAGGAAUUUCGGAGGUGGUUUUUUGAGACGAUGAAGAAGAGGGAGAGGGACGUGAUCAACUCAUUUGUUAGGAGCAAGGGAACCUUAACUGUUGGCAUCAAUGCCCAGGAUAUGAUUUCGGUCGAUGAGGAGUUGGAUGAGGUAUUCCUUCGCGUCCCUUCUCCCAAAUUGUCCGACCUAGCUGUCCGGUAUUCCUUUGUAGCCCCUUUCCCAACGCUACGGGCUGUUCUUGGGGAAAACGAUAAGGAGGAUGCCGAGGAUGCCGAUGAAAAAAAGACGCAAGACGACGCGACUGGAGAGCCAGAAUUGGAGAUAUAUGCUGGUGUCUCGGGGGGCCUUCAACGCUUCUUCAACGAAGUCGAAUUGGAAUAUGAGGAUGGGGAGACCGAACUUCGAAAGGUUCCUCUUCCUCUGAUUUUGUCCACACAAAACAUCAACCUUGGGGCCAGCACAAGUCGAGUCUUUAGAGAUUCAAACCCGAAGGGGGUCCUCAGUAGAUGGCCGUUCUCAUUUCUUCAGAGCUCGAUUUUGAGCGUCGAUGCUACUGUUUUACCAGCCGCAACGGUACAAGCAAACCUGGCUAAGAGUAUCACAAUUGCUCCAGGGACGAGGCCUUUCAAUGUUAUCUUCGGGACGGCUUUCACUCGCUCGCCCCUUCAGACACCACCGAUACUCAACCUACAAUUAAGCAAGGGAAUUGGCCAGAAAAAAGUGGCGUUCUGCAACUGGUCCAGUGGAUUUAUUGGAUGGCCGCUUGUUGUCCAGACGCUACUCCUCCCAUUUGCCGGUCUUGGCUCGGAUGAUUUCUUGAUCGCGGGGGAGGAACCAAGUCAACUCCAAGUUGGCAUUGCAUCUCAACCCUCAAGGCUUGCGUUAGGCGAAGAGGAUGCGGAAGUGCCAGAAUCACAGGAAGAAGAUGAAGAUGAGCUUGGAAUAUUACGUGCCAAGCAGCGCGAGGAACGCAAAAUUGCCGAAGCCUGGCAGGUUGCUAUUUCGUCUUCUCCAGCCAUGCACAGCCUUGUUUUCAAAUAUUCUCGGAAUAUCUUUUCUGGGAAGGCUGCCACCGAUGCUACCCAAUCCCAGUGGAGCUCUGAGAAACAUUACUCAUUACCACCAGCGGAUCAGCCGCGCUCUGUUCGUCUCGACAUUUCCAGUGUUAUCAAUAUGGACGCAUCGCUUUCCUGGUCUGUGCACGGAUCCCGACAAGUUAGUGAAUUGACUCAUGUGGGCUUUGGGGUUAAUCUUCGGCCUCAGGGCCUGAUCAUGACUUUCUCAUGGGCCAGGCUUGGACAGACGCUCAAAUUCCCCAUUGCCAUAUGCCCGGUUGACCAUGUUAAUGCCAACUCGGCCACCUUAGGUGUCCUUCUGCCAUGGCUAACAUACUGCGCCCUUGAGUUCGGCUACAUCCGGCCCAGAGAACGGCGAAACCGCCGAAAGUUGGUCGCACGACACCAGAAACGGCUGAGGAGAUUAAUUCCCCAAAAGAGAGCAGAGAGCACGCAGGCCAUUGAGCUCAUGGCGGAUCAAGUGCAACGCCGGCAGAACAAAGAGUCCAGGCAAGGGGGCCUGGUCAUAACCAAAGCGGAAUAUGGCUAUUAUCCUUCUCCAACAACAUGGAGGGGCGACAAGGAACCAAAAGAACCAGAAGUUGCAGAUGUCACCAUUCCCGUAGCUUCAUUGGUGGAUCAUGGUCAGCUCAUUAUCUCCAAGAAAACAACCAAGUUCCACAUUCUUGGAUUCCAUGACCCGGCACCUUUGAAAGCUAAGAAGCUGAAGAUAUGGUAUCAAUACCAUGGAAAAGAUCACUAUAUCGAAGCCAAUGAUGCAGAGGGCCUUACUUGUCCUAUGCGGUCCCAUCUCCUUGCUGCUUAACACAGUCCGAUUACUGGAUAAUCCCUAAUUUUUUUUUAUUAUAUCUGGUACCUGUGUUCUAAUCUCACUGUAUGGUUUUCAAUACUUAUAGGCUAAGGCCAACCCCCCUCUCAUCCUUUAUCAUUACCGGCCGUUGGGCCGCGUAUGCAUCUUUUUGGGCACGGCUUUGGAUGACUUAGCGAUUAAUGUUGUAUUAAAUAUAAAGAUUUUGAUAGAAUAAUAGUGCGAAUCUCU